UUAAGGGCAUUUCUGCAAUUGCCCCGAUUGAAUAAUAGAAAUCAACAUGAAAAAUAGAAUAACCCGCUGGCUCGUGCUGUUGGCAAUAAAAUCUUCUAAAUCACAUUUGUCAGAAACAUUCAGAAGUUGGAUUUCUCUUCUCGAUCGGUCCGAAAACCCUAAUUGCCAAUCCCUUUUUCGAUUUGGAGAUCAGAUCUGAGAUCCGUAAUUCUCGAUUUCGGAAGAAGCUGCCGAAGCGAUGACGAAGGACUUCACUGUUCCUCCUGUGGUCUUCCCCUCUGGCGGAACUCCGGCCACCGGAAAUGUCCAGCAGCGCCGUGUCCCGACGGAUCCUUUUCAGCCGUCGCGUCCUUCCUCCUCCGCGAUUCCGUUCAUGUCGUUCGACAUUGGAUCCUCCGCCUCCUCUUCAUCCGCCGGACCUUUCGGCGGAACAAUUGCGUUCUCGUCGUCGUCUUCGUUUGGCGUAGGUGCUGCUUCAUUUGAAGAUGAGGAGCCUUUGCUUGACGAGCUCGGUAUCCAUCCGGAUCAAAUCUGGAAGAAGACGAGAUCGAUUCUCAAUCCCUUUCGGAUAAAUCAGACCGUUCAUAAGGACUCAGAUCUGUCUGGUCCGAUCUUCCUGUACCUCGCGCUUUGCCUUUUCCAGUUGCUCGCCGGUAAGAUCCAGUUCGGCGUUAUACUCGGAUGGAUCGUCGUCUCCUCUAUCUUUCUUUACGUCGUCUUCAACAUGCUCGCUGGUCGGAACGGAAACCUGAAUCUUCACACAUGUACGAGCUUGGUUGGCUACUGUCUACUACCCGUCGUGAUCUUAUCGGCGGUGUCGCUGUUCGUACCGCAGGGGGCAGGGCCAGCCCGCUUCGUAGUCGCUGCGGUGUUCGUGUUGUGGGCAACAAGGGCUAGCUCCAAUCUUGUACUAUCGCUCGCCGACGGAGGAGAUGAACACCGUGGUUUGAUUGCGUACGCCUGUUUCUUGAUCUAUACUCUUUUUUCGCUUCUCGUUAUAUUCUGAUUUCCUCUGUUUUGGUGGGACUUGUUUGCUUUGGAGAUGUAUUAUUUCAUGGAUCUUCGGGUGCCAAAGUGAGUAAGGAAAUGCAAUCUGAGCUGCUGGUUUCAUGGGGAUCUUGAUGUAAGGCUUAAACGGACGGAUGAUAGCAUCCACGUGUAAAGGUUUUUGAUAACUUUAGAUGGAUACUUUGAUAUGGUUUAAAUGAUCUACUUUGAUGUGUGUAUCUGUCUACUGAUGCUUAGACAGGUCUUCUAGGGCAUGAGUUUCCUUUCUGAAAUUUCUGCAGAAGUUCAUCAAAUGUUAAACAUUUUUUUUAACAGAAUUGUUGUCAAAUUAGACUCCGUAGAGUAUUUGAAUGGUUUUCUUUUGUUGUCAUAGCAUGGACCAAAGUAAUGCAGUAGCAAACCUAUGAAACUGGUGCAUAUUUGUUA